AUGACCACGUUGCACAACCCCCCAGCCAACGGCGCAACAGCAUCCGCCGUCAAACCACCAUUCUUCGAUGUCAACGACCCCAAGCCUGUUCGUUAUGGCGUAUUGCUCUUCCCAGGCUUCCAGGCGCUCGACGUCUUCGGCCCACUCGACGUCUUCAACUCACUCGCCAUGCUCUACAGUUUCCCCACGAAACUAACCAUGCUUGCCAAAACAUCCGAUCCGGUCGAAACAUCGCAUCAAAGAGCCGGCAACACCAUGUUUUCGCACCCGGAGACGGACGUCUCACAAAGCAUGAUUGUGAACCGGACGUUUGCGCAGCAGCUCGAGUUGCAAGAGGGGGCUGCAGCUGAGGCCAUUGACGUUCUGAUUGUACCUGGGGGAAUAGGAACCCGUGGCGACAUGAGCACCGAGAUUGAUUUCGUAAAGCAGGUCUAUCCUAGUUUGAAAGCGGUCUUGUGCGUGUGUACUGGGGCGACUAUCUUGGCGCGCGCAGGCAUUCUGGAUGGUCGCAGAGCUACUACUAACAAACGCGCGUUUGCGUGGGCAACGAGCACGGGACCGGACGUGAAAUGGGUUCCGGAGGCGCGGUGGGUUGUAGAUGGUAACAUUGUGACUGGGUCUGGGAUUAGUGCCGGCAUCGAUGCUACGUAUGCUUUCGUAGCGUUGAACUAUGGCGAGACGAUUGCUCAGGAAUUGGCGGAUUGCGCGGAAUAUGUGCGUUGGAUGGAUCAGGAUCAUGAUCCUUUUGCGAAGAGGUGGAAUGCUGGUGCUUCUUGA